UCAGCUCUUCUCGCGAGACUUGUGCCAUGAUCACGUCACUGACAUGAACCUGCUUGUUGGACGAAGAGUGAACGAUCACUGAUUUUGAAGUGUUUUUCAUGGAUUUUGUAUCUAAACUUGUCGAGUUACUUUCCCCGACGACUAUCGAGAGCAAUUACCGACCCGCGACGUUAGGUCGUCUCCACCUUAUCUGCCCGGUGCGACCUGAAACAGGCUAACGGCGGCCGCGCUUCACUGGGUCUCUUGUUUACACGCUAGCCACAGGUAACGCUAGCUAGCACACGCUAAACCGCUGACUGCGUCACUUGUUUACAACGUGUUUUCUUUAAGCUGACCACAAGUAAAUCAUGUUAAUCUGUUUAUGUUAUGCAAACGGACUUCAUACAUUGCACUGCGUUGCAUGUCUUCACCGUGUACGGCCGUAGCGUAAGCCUUCACAAUAAAGCAGGUUGCAUUGACACCAUAGCUUUGUUGAUAUUACAAAACAAAAUCGCCACAUAGCUACUCCAGCAUGGCAGCAUCCCAUGGCAGCGCCUAGGUGCCAGGGCAGAGGAGUGAACAGUGGUAGCCACGGUGUCCCCCAGCUGCCCCCGGAGGCGAGGCGAAGAAGAAGACCGACGCUGGACUCUCAACCGUCCCCGGUGAACCCGAGCGCCAUGGAGUCUGCUCGGAGCGCCUUCCACGCGCAGCUGGCCACCGUCAUGGACUCGCUGCUCGCCGCCGCCGUGUGCGAGAUCGCCAAGAUCUUCGAGGGCAGCCUGUGCGAGCAGCAGGCGGAGCUGCUGCAGAAGACCGAGGAGAUCUCCGUCCUCCGAGGCAGGCUGGAGAAGGUCGAGAGGAGGCCGAGGGCGAAGAGCGGCGGGAGGGAGGACGCCGAUGUGCCGUCGGGAGGGAGAGAGGCGCUGACAGGAGCAGGAUUGAGUGUGGGAAAGGAUGUGUCUUCUCACCCUGACCAAGCAGAAGGACUCAGCCUGAGCCUCAGCGGGCUGAAAGAGGAGGCGACAGGCCAGGAUGGAGCUGCAGUAAAACAUGAGCGUGCUGGAUCACGGCCUGCUCUGGGGUCGGUCGCAGUCCAGGCUGUCGAGGGAAGACUUGCUCCGGGGGACCAGAGGCAGAUAGAUAACCUCUCUGUCACACAAGCCAAGGCCAAAUUGUCUCAUUGGGAUCAGGGCAGUCGCAGCACAGACCACAGACCCCUCCAGGAUCAAGCUUCCACCCCUUUUCUUUCAAUCUCUCAGACCGGACGCUGUUCCCCCAGGCCAGACCCAAGCUUAGCUCAACCAGGUGAGUGGUUACCAGGGUUGGAUGCAACCCGAGGUGGGAUGUCCGGUCUGGAUAAUCUGCAGACAGAUGGCACCAGCUGCCCUGGCCCCGCCAGCAGCAGCAGCACUGGCAGAGAUGCAUCCUGCUUCCGACCUGGUUUUGUCUCUGACGAGACCAGCAAUGAAGAUGACGAUAGUACUUUCCCUUUCCUGGACCAGGAGCCUGAGAACCAGAACUCCAAUCAGAACUCAGUGGAAGGCCAGGGCGUCGGGCAGAGAGAGGCUCGACAGGAUCAACCCCCAGCUCCCUCUGGUGAAUCACCAUGGAGAGCCAGAGAUGACAGGGUAGGGAGAGGCACCAUCAAUCACACACGGCGUGUUACUACAUUGGGCAACAGAGACCCUCUCCGACCACAGUCCAACUCACAAUCACUGACACUACGGCACACGAAUGCCCUCAGCCACCCUCCAGCUCCUGGUGGAGGCAAUGGACGACCUUACACUUGUCCGUAUUGUGCCAAGUGUUUUACAUACCCCUCCCACCAACGCAGACACCUUUUGCGCCACACAGGAGUCCGACUGCAUCCCUGUCAGUUUUGUGACAAGAGCUUCCUCACUCCCUCUGAGCUGACAGUGCACACUCGCACACAUACAGGGGAGCGGCCCUUUGGCUGCGCUCAGUGUGGUAAACGUUUUGCCCGCAGUGGCAACUUGCGUGCCCACCAACGGGAUGUUCACAUGGGGAAGAGGCCCUUUGCUUGCACAGAGUGUGGUAAGAGAUUUGCUCACAGGGGGAACCUGAGGGUGCACAAUCACAGAGUCCACCAAGGAGACCCCUACUACAUGGAAGAUCAGCAGGAGCCUGACAUAGGCCCUAAUCCCAUCUGAAAAGGUUAAAAUAAAAAUAAUAAUAAGUCUGCACUUUAAUAUUGUUGACAAAGCCGAGGAGCUUACUUCAGGGCUGUCUAUUGUGCCCCACCUGAACGUAUCACUAAAUGCCUGAAUAAGUUUGAAGUAAAAGAUCAAAUAGAUUUUAUUUGUGCCUUCAAUUUAUUUUCAGUUAUGAUUAGUGUCAGAAUUAUGGGCAACACUAAAAGGGAGAGUUUUGUAUUUGACUAUUAUUGACUGGAUAUAAUGAGCAACAAAUAAGAAAUAUUGGAUGUUAUUAAAAGAAACAUUUUCUCCAGGUUGACCGUAUCUUCCAAUGGUGUUCUUCCCUGUCACUGAGCAGAUCUGAUUUCCAUCUCAUUACUUCAGGUGAAAGAACUACAAUAUGGCGUGUUUCAUGAAGCCAACAAAGACAUGUGAAUGAUAUUAGAUUUAGACAUGUGGCAUGCAGAGGUAGGAUAGCACGUCUCUUCCUUCAAAAUUGUGCUCAUCUACUGCCCAUCUCCUCAAAUGUGUUUACACUGUGCUUCAAAAUAGAAAUGUUAUUGCAAAGAGUACAUAACUGUGUUGUCAAAGGAUUGCGCUUCAUGUUCUAACUGUUUUUGCAAAGUGAAAUUAAAUAAUAUACUCAUGUACAAACUCUUUGUUCUCCUCAGGUCGAAAACAUAAAUGCAUCGGCACAAUCUAAUACUGUUGCACUAUUGUUUGACAGACACCAGGGGGCAGUGUGAACAUGCAGAUGAUUUGUAGAAAUGAUUUGGGGAUAUUAUUGAAAAAUAGAUUAUUGGUAAAGGCGUUUCUCUCGGCAUCUUUUAGUCUGCCCUGUAUUUUCACAUUUCUGUUACUCGAUGUGCCUUGUGUCAUCACACCUCUGAUGGAAUAAUGUGUUUACCUGCACAAAGCUUCAUUUCUCUCCUGCAUGCAAGGCUGUAGUUUCAUCAAUCACCUUGCAAAGUACAAUGACAAGUCUGUCAUUAAACUAUAUUCACAUCC